AUGGAGCCUGAGAAACGGCGGAGACGGCCAGCGGUCUCCUGCAUUCUCUGCCGGAAACGCAAGAUCCGCUGCGACAAACAGAUCCCGUGCAGCAACUGCACAAAGUCUAAAAAUGCAACGUGCGCCUACAAAGAAGAUCCGCGGGCACCACGCGCUGGUGAUCCGUCCCAGCUGCGCGGAUCCGAGGCCCCGGGACCCUUAUCUCCGAGUACUGGCUCAUACCCCGGCGGCGCUUCGUCGUCUCGGCCGACGUCCGCCGUGCCGUCGGCCGCUUACAGCGCCGAUGCGCUAGCCUUGGGUCGGUCCCCCGAGGUCACUACGGGGACUGCCGGCGCUCAUGGACGGCCCUCUCUCAACACCAAAAGCCGGACAGGCACGGCAGGGCCUGAGACUGGCGCUGUGUCGUCCACUUCGGCGUUUAGCUCGGCCAACACGCCAGUGUCCACGUUCACCAAGAACUCGCGGGUUGAGACCAAGGAGAUUUUGUUUGCCGGCAAUUUCUACUUUCACACGGAGCACCGGCUGCCCAACCAACCGCAGGCCGUGACCCGGAGCACUCACUCGCUCUCCCAGCUCAAUGACAUGUUUGAUGUGAUUGAACGCCAUCUACACAACGGCGAAUCAUCCAAAGCAGUAGUCACCGAGAAACGAUGCAAGGCCCUGGGGAAGAUCAUCAAGGCCCGGCGGGCACCCCCGUGGCCAUGCAUGCCCACGCCCGAGUUACCUGCCCGGGCGAUUGCCGAUGCACUCGUGGAAUGCUACCUCAACACGAGUGAGAGCAUGAUGCGCGUGCUGCACAUCCCUAGCUUCCGGCGCAACUACGAAGCUGUGUGGGAUCCCAGCCACACUCCCGACCCUGCGUUUCUUGUCCAACUCAAACUGGUGCUGGCGAUUGGGUCUAACACGUAUGAUGACUCGUUUUCCCUGAGACCGCACGCCAUGCGAUGGGUCUACGAGGGGCAUACAUGGCUGUCCGCGCCCGAGUUCAAGCGUCGGUUAAAUUUGUCGUCGCUGCAGAGCAAUGUCUUGCUUCAUCUCGCCCGCGAGGCGGCUGGUGUGGGUGAGGAGCUGGUGUGGGCUGCCAUGGGAACCACCCUGCGCAUUGCCAUGUCCAUGGGGUUACACAGAGAUCCGGCCGGUCUAGGCCCCAAGACGACGUCACCGCUGGUAGCCGAGAUGCGCCGCCGAAUAUGGAACACCAUCCUCGAGCUCUUGCUGCAGUCCAGCCUCAACGCGGGCGGACCGCCGUUGAUAGAGUUGGAUCAGUUCGACACGGAGCCACCAGGCAACUACGACGACGACCAACUUACCGGCGAGGAGGGCGAGGCUCCUGUCCCCCGGCCAGCCGAUCAGUUUACGCAAACUACCUUGGCCAUUGCCCUCCGCAACCUGUUCCCGCAGCGCUUGGCCAUCGUCAAGUAUCUCAACGAUCUAUCCUCCCGCGGCGCUUACGCCGAAACGCUGAGGCUCGACACCAACCUUCGCGAGGCGUACAAAACGCUCACCCGCACGCUCCAGUCGUGUAACACCAGCGCCCAAACCCCUCUCUCAGGUGGCCAACCCCAUGGACCGUCAAACCUCGACCAGCGCGUCAUAGACCUCCACCUCCGCCGCUACUUCCUCGGCCUCCACCUCCCGUUCUUCGCGCCCGCGCUCCAAGAAACCGCCUUCGCCUUCUCCCGGCGCGUGGUCGUCGAAUCGGCCCUCCGGCUCUGGCGCGCCGUCUUCCCGAACCCGCUCUCCCAUUCCCCAGACACGACGGGGCCGCAGUGGGACCCGCUGCAACGCAUCGCCAUCAGCGGUGCGGGUUUCUUCCGCACCGUCGCCGUCCAAAGCUUCGUGGUCAUUGCCAUUGAGCUUAAGACGCUGCUGCGCGAGGAGGAAGGGUUUGGUCUCGGCCCGGGCCCGGUGGAACUGCGCCCCGAUCUGCUGGUGGCGUUGCAGGAUUUCAAGGUCUGGUCGUGGAAAACGAUGGAGACUGGGGAGAUGAACACUAAAGGGUAUUUAGCCGCGUGCAUGGUGUAUGCCCAGGUGGAAGCGCUGCGAAAGGGGCUGGGCGAUGAAGAAGCCGUCGCGCGCGUGGUGCGCGAGGCGGAAGAUGCAGAGGAGAAGUGUCUGGCUCUUUUGGAGGGGAUCGAAGCUAGCGGGCGGCCGCCGCAUGAGGAGGUGGCGGGCGGUGUUGGUGGUAGCCAGGGCAUCUCGCCUGACUUUGCGAUGGAGGAAUGGGAUUACAUGGUGACCUUGACACCUUUCCAACAAACCCGCCACUUUUCUUCUUCCCUUCCUGUUCCUACCCCUGCUGCUCCUAUUACUACAGCUGCGCAGCAACACGCCAAAAUCGAAGUCACCCCCCUCUUCCCCGCCGGCGAAAACGUCGUAUUCGCCCACUCCUCCUACUUCACCCGCGCCAUCCCACUCGCCCCCUUCGGCUCGUCUUACCCCGACCUGCCGUCUACGGCACGCGUGCGCGGCGAGGCUGCGCGGCUGGGCCUACUGCCGUCCGCUGAAGGGGGACCGGCAGUAAAGUUGGUGCCGUUUGGCCAUGGGAGUGCGGGCGGAUUAAGGCUGUUGGUUAAGUACGGGCCGGACUUGGAUACCCCCGCUCAUGUGAGGGGUGUGGGUCAUGGGCGAGGGGUGUAUUCGGGGGGUGAGGGUGGGGUGUCGGCUGCCGAGGGGAAGGCGAUGAUGUUUGUGCGGCGGAUCCAGGAUGGGAUGGCUAUGGAUGUGGAGGAGGAGGAGAGUGUGGUGCCGGUGCCGGAAGUGUUUGGUUGGCGGCGAGAUGCUGAGACGGGGGAGCGGUUUGUGUAUAUGGACAUGCCUGAGGGGGAUUUGCUGGAGGAGCGGUGGGCGGGCAUGAGUGAGGUGGAGCGUGAGGUGGUGGCCACGCAGUUGAAGGGGAUUGUGGCGGAGUGGAGGCGGCUGAAGUUGGGCGGUUCUGGGUUUGUUGGUAUCGUCGACAACGGCCCCCUCCACGACGAAAUCUUCCAACGCAGCACCCACGCCGGCGCUCCUCCCGCAGGCCCUUUCCCCACCGUCGCCGCCUUCCACGACUACUUCGUCUCCGUCGCCGUAGCCCUCUCCCAAAGCCGCCACACCGGAGGCUCCCACUCCAACUCCUCCAGCGCGGGUCCCUACGCCCACGAACCCACUCCCACCACCCGCUACACCCCGCACCACCUCUUCCCCUCCGACAUCCCCGUCGUCUUCACCCACGGUGCGCUCCACCCGCGCAACAUCAUCAUCUCCGGCGGCCGGGGCGGUAGCGGCCCGCCGCGCGUGGUGGCUAUCCUCGGCUGGGACCAGGCUGGCUGGUAUCCGGCGUACUGGGAGCUUUGUAAGGCGCGGGCGGAGUGUGCGCGCGGAGGGCGGCUUGGGGGUGGGUGGGAGAGCAAGUAUUUGUCGUGGAUUUUGGAUGCGGACGGGUUGAAUGCUGAGAUGCGGGGCUCGUGGAAUGCGCGGGCGCUGUGCCAGUAUUGGGAUUAUUUUGUUGGUUUGAUGUGA